CAGUGGCUCGCUACUAUGCCACCUUGUGGAUGGCACGUGCCGCGUGCGGUGCUUAUGGAUCUGGAGCCUGGAACUAUGGAGAGUAUUAGAUCUGGUCCGAAUGGAUUGAUAUUUCGGCCGGAUAACUUUGUGUUUGGACAGUCUGGUGCUGGUAAUAAUUGGGCGAAAGGUCACUAUACUGAAGGUGCUGAGUUGAUCAAUUCGGUUUUGGAUGUUGUUCGUAAGAAGGCUGAGAAUUGUGAUUCUCUACAAGGUUUUCAGGUCUGCCAUUCACUUGGAGGUGGCACAGGUUCAAGCAUGGGAACACUCUUGAUUUCAAAGAUCAGGGAGGAAUACCACGACCGAAUGAUGUUGACAUUCUCUGUUUUCCCUUCACCAAAAGUGUCCGAUACUGUUGUUGAACCCUACAACGCCAUACUCUCGGUCCACCAGUUGGUUGAAAACGCCGAUGAAUGUAUGGUUCUUGACAAUGACGCACCCUUGAAAUGAGAGUAUGUAUACUAACGUGUACUUUAUCUAGAGAAACAAUAUGCCCGGUGUUCGACAGUACAUGGAAACUUUUGCAAUUCAUGUAUAUUUGAAGUUCCCCUUGCUGGUAAAACAAGUUUUUGUAAUUGAUUUUGUACGUUUCGGUUCGCUAACGGGCCAGGCUGGGUCAAGAGCUUCAGGUCUGUAACGGCCCGGGUCAGUUCGAGAUGUUUCAGGUCGGUUGUCGCCAACGUUUGAAAAAACAGGAAAGGUUUUGUUAUAUAUUGGUUAACCGUUAGAAU